GUUAUCGGCGCGGUCACGCUGGUUUGAUAAUAAAGAAUUGCGUUGGUGAACAAUAAUAAUACAGAUCCUAAAUGUAUCAAGCGGAUUUCUUGUAAAUACUGAUAUUGCUUAUAUUAGUGAUCCGAACAGCAAGUCGCUUCAGAAACCCACUGCCUUGCAGGAAUUAACAAUUGAAAAAAUGGCUUCGAUAUCAAAUGACGGGAUAGUAUUGAGUGGCUACCACAAAAAGUUAAAGACCAUGAAGAAGAAGUUUUUUGUGUUGUACGAGGAAAGCAACAACUCCCCAGCACGUUUGGAAUACUAUGAUACUGAAAAGAAGUUCCUGCAGCGGUCAGAACCUAAAAGAGUAAUCUACCUGAGCAAUUGCUUCAAUAUUAACCGACGUUUGGAUACCAAGCACAAAUUUGUCAUUGUGCUGUCCUCGAGAGAUGGUGGAUUUGGAAUCGUACUUGAAACCGAAAAUGAUUUACGGAAAUGGCUGGAUAAACUUCUUGUUCUACAAAGGAAUAUCGCGAACAUGAAUGGGACUGUAUACUCAGCUUUUGACCAAGUUUGGCAAGUUGUCAUCCAAAAGAAGGGAAUUUCGGAAAAAGUGGGACUCACUGGAACGUAUCACUGUUGCCUUAGUUCAAAAUCCCUGACUUUUGUGUGUAUAGGACCGGAGAAGACUGCUAAUGGCGACGAUAGGGUUGCUAGCAUUGAAAUUCUUUUAACAACGAUCCGGCGAUGUGGCAAUGCACCCCUUCAAUGCAUAUUCUACAUGGAACUCGGGCGCCAGAGUGUAUUGGGAUCUGGCGACUUGUGGAUGGAAACGGAUAAUGCAGCAAUUGCUACAAAUAUGCACAAUACGAUAUUAAGCGCUAUGUCAGCUAAAACAGAGUCAAAUACGAAUUUAAUAAAUGUUUAUCAAGCCAGGGCUGAUAUUAGCCAUGAACCUAUGAGAAAGCGAUCAUCCUCUGCAAAUGAAGCUUCAAAACCGAUAAACGUUAUACAGAAUCCCCAGAACUCUCUCGAAAUGCGAAAUUGCAGUUCACCCCAUAAUUAUACUUUUGGAAGAGAGAGAUGCGAUAGUUUACCGACCAGAAAUGGGACCUUAAGUGAGGGCAGUAAUCAAACAUAUUUUGGAUCCAAUCAUGGGUUAAGAUCUAACACCAUUUCUGGUACCCGUCCGCACUCAUCCAACAAACACAGUAAUAGUCCAACGUUCUCCAUGCCAUUAAGAUGCUCUGAAUCUGAAGAGUCUUCAAUUAGUAUCGAUGAAUCCGAUGAUAAUGGAAGUUUUAGCCACUAUCGAUUAAACACGCGGUCAUCAGAGACAGCUAUUCCUGAGGAAAACAUUGAUGACUUCGCAAGUGCUGAAUUUAGCAAAGUCGCCGAACAAAGUGAAAGUGACGAAAACUACAUACCGAUGACUCCAAUUAAACCUUCCAUAUUUUCUGAAGCUAUGCAUGAGAAAAAGAACGCAGAGAAGCAAAGCUCAGAGGAUGCAAACCUGCGCUUUGACUUUCCGGAGCACACAUCCGAAAAACUUGUUAAAGAUUUUGAUCUAGAUUCAGAUAAUCAAUGUGGUCGUCCAAUUCGCGCUUAUUCAAUAGGAAAUAAAGUUGAGCAUUUAAAGUUUAAUAAGCGCCUUGGACAUUUAAAUGAUACAUCACAGAAUUCGAAUCGCGUACGAGCUUACUCGGUUGGUUCAAAGUCAAAAAUACCGCGGUGCGACUUGCAACGAGUGGUUCUUGUAGAGGAUAAUAAACAUGAUUUCGUAACGAAUAGAAGUCAUAGUAGCAUUACGAAGGACGGAGCCAGUUGUGGCACAAGUGCAAGCCGGGAAAAGAAAUCUACAAGUGCUCCGCUCUUGAGUUUGAAAAAUCAGAUAAACCCUGACCGAAUGAGUGACUUAAUGGAAAUUGACUUUUCGCAAGCAACCAAUUUUGAAAAACAAAAAUUCAUCAAGAAUAAUGAAAUUUCCAAAUAUAUUGAAAACGUGUUCCCUAAAAAUACCAGAAACGAUAGCUCAAAUUUAACUUUGCACGCUAUAAGUCAAAAAGACAUAUUCAAUGGAACCAAAAUUAAUACCACUGCUAACGCAUCAGAGGAUGGAUACCUUGAGAUGAAACCAGUUGGUAAUGCAUAUAUUUCCAGCUCGGUUUGCCUUCCAACUAAAAUAGAAAAGCUCAAGCUAUCAGACUACAAUGUAAUAACCGAAAACGAUGUUAACAAAAUAAGUACAUACAAUAUUGGUACUGAAAAAUGGAGAGAACCAUCCAUAAGGGAAAACAAAAAGUCGAACUCCCCCUUAAAUGAAAAACCUAUUAGUUUAGAAACGUCAACUGUAGAAAGUAGAAGCCUUGAUGCAUAUUCACAAAACAACAGUGACCAUGAGAAAUUAACUAUGGAAAGCGAUAAACGAAGUAAUGUAGAAGAAAAAAUAUUAAAUAACAACAAUUUGGAUAUAGGUGGCCAUGACGAAAAGAAAUUGGUUCACUCAAUAAGCAGUGAAGAUUACACACAAAUUGCAGACAAAUCUGAAGGUGGCUACAAAAUUGUUCAAAUAAAGAGCGACAGUUCACUUAUCUCAUCGAAGUUAUACCAAAAAGGUAUUGUCAAAGAUAAUUUAGAUCGUUGGCACAGACUUACCGAAAGUGCUAACACGAUUCCAGAUAAUGCUACCAACUCAGCCUCUAAAUUUAAUAUUAAUCCAACAGCAUCGGAUCCGAAAAGCACAGAUACAAGUACACAACCAAACAUUCUACAUAUUAAAGAUUUAAAUUUCCCGUCAAGGUCUUCUUCUCGCAUAUCCCAGCCGGAGCUUCACUACGCUAGCCUAGAUCUUCCUCAUUGCAGCGGACAAAACCCAGCAAAAUAUCUAAAGCGAGGUUCCCGCGAAUCUCCGCCAGUGUCUGCAUGCCCGGAAGAUGGAAAUACUUAUGCGAAAAUUGACUUUGAUCAAUCAGACUCAUCUUCUUCCUCAUCAAACAUAUUUAAUACGUAAAAUUUUAAAAUUUAGUUUAUGUAUAUGAUUUGUUUAAUAUUGUACAUUUAUUGUAAAUAUUCUCCGACAAGCAAAGCUUACGAUUUUGGAUGCUAAUAAAUAAAUUUUAUUUAAAUUAUAAUAUUGAAACUU